AUGGUCAGGUGGGAUGUCGCGUGUCUGGUAAUCGCAAACAUUUUGUCAAAUAGUUGCUACUCCUUAGUGGUUCCCUUCCUCCCUUUGGAGUUGGAGACCAGAGGAAUUUCAGUAUCUACGAUUGGAUACAUCUUUUGAAUGUAUUCUGUGGCUGUGAUCAUCGGAUCCCCUAUAGUAGGACGCCUCAUGACUAGGAGGGGAAGGAAGAAAAUCCUUAUCUUUGGGUUAUGCUUUAUGGGAUGAUCUAUGAUUGGAUUUGGAACUAUCCCAUAUUCUCCUUCACUCAGCAUGUUCACUCUCUUGGCAUUUGUAUUUAGAUUUUGCCAAGGGAUCUCCUCCUGAUCAAUUCAAACAACAUCAUAUGCUAUUGUUUCGAUGACCUUCCCGGAUGAGCAAGAGAAAUAUAUCGCACUGAUUGAAACAGCAGUAGGAGUUGGGCUUAUCCUCGGACCAGUUAUCGGGUCAUCAAUUUAUGCAUUCUUUGGAUUCAGUCCUACCUUCUUUGUAAUUGGAAUCAUCUUUUUAUUCCUUACUCCUCUUUUGUACUGCCUAAUUCCAAAUUCAAUCGAUAGAGGGAAUGCUAAUGUAGAAACAGAUGCUGAGAAGAUGAUUCAUGAGUACCAAGACCAUCAAUCAGAGAGAGACAAGAAUGCUAGAGUCUCCUUCUUCAAACUGUUGGGCACUAGAAGGUUCUUAAUUGCAUCAAUGGGAGGAAUGAUGGCUAAUUUUAUGUACUGCUAUAUGGAACCUGUGUUAGCAUUUAGAAUAUCUGAAUUUGAAAUUAGCUCUUUCCAGAUCGGUAUGUUCUUCUCAAUUCAACCUAUUUCUUACAUUAUUUUAUCAUUCACGAUCUCUUGGUUCAGUAAGAAUUAUGCUAAUAGAGGAUUAAUCAUGGUUGGAGCUCUAGUCUCUUCAUUCUCAAUGUUGUUAGUAGGUCCUUCACACUAUUUACCCAACGAAUUAUAUCUUAUGGGGCUCGGACAGCUUUGUAUUGGAGGAUUUGGCUUAUUUUUGAUGGUCCCUGUAAUCCCAGAAAUGAUUAAUUCUGGAUCUAAAUAUUAUCCUGGGAAGAUCAUUGAAGUCACUGAUAUCUCUGCUGGCGUAUUCAACUCAGGGCUUGGUAUUGGGCAGGUUGUUGGUCCUAUAUUUGGAUCAUAUGUCACCCAAGCAACAGAUUUCAGGACUUGCUCAGAUAUUGUUGGAUAUAUUCUGUUUACGUACUCCAUCCUUUAUUUCUUACUAGGAGAUGGUCUAGUCCUUCUAAAGACUGCAUGCAAAGAAGUUAAGAAAAAGGAAGUUAUUGAUGUUGUGAGAAGUUCUCCUGCCAGAAAUGUUCAGAUGAGAAACAGAAUCUUAUCAAAUGCUUCCCAUGACGAGAACUUUGACCUGAAUUAUGAGAAGCUAUCUCAAAGAACUCCUCUAUUGAACAAACAGCAGAGACAAGAUGUCUAAAAUAUGAAAAUUUAAGGCCUCUAAAAUCUGGAGAUAUUUUC